CGCACCAAACAAAAACAAAAUGUUUUGACGAGUAUUUCAUUGUAAAGCAAGGUGAAGGAUAAAGUUUAUAAACUCUAUGCAUCAUUUGAAUUUGGGUUAAUCAAGAAAGAACAAAGAAAAAUGAAAGAGUUUAUAUCUAUAUCUCUACACAAAUACAACUAUACAAGUCCCCUCACAACUUAAAAGUUAACGUCUUGAAACUUAGCAACAUAUGAUAAUUCACUGAAUGGUUGUUGGCUCUACUAAAGGACUUUGAAAUCAACAACGUGUAACUGCUUGGACAUUGAGUGUUUUGCGCCGGAUAAAUUCACACGGAUCAAUCAAAGGUUUCCGGCGAAAUAGAAAACCUACAUGACCAAAUUUUCCUGUUAAAAAGAAAGAUCUCUCUUCUUCUUCGUUCUCAAAAAUAUUUAUUGCUAGCUAGUCUUCAUAGUCCAAGCCAUUCUCACAACAAAUGGAUCAUCAAAUUCCUUCCCAUUUACAAGCCAAAGCAUGGCUUUUAGCCUUGCUAAUAUUUUUGCCUAUAAUAAUUUUUUGGGGGAUGAAUAUUAUAGUCAUUGGCUACAAAAUGAAAAAGAUGAAAAAGCUACCCCCAGAAGUUCCUGGUGCAUGGCCUAUCAUAGGUCACCUACUCAUGCUGGACCGGGUCAAGAAUGUCCCUUUUGCACGGACUUUGGCAGCAAUGACCCAUAAAAACGGACCAAUUUUCACUAUUAGGAUGGGGAUGUUUCCAUAUUUGGUUGUCAGCAAUUGGGAAGCUGCUAAGGAUUGCUUCACAACCCAUGAUAAGGAUUUUGCAGCUAGACCAACUUCCUUGGCAGGUAAAUACACUGCAUAUGGGUACGCGAGAUUUUCUCACGCUAAUUACGGUCCAUAUUAUUGCCAUGUACGCAAAUUAGUCAUGCAACAAGCGCUCUCUAGGACUAGACUUGACAAAAUGAAGCGUCUUCGAAUUUGUGAGGUGGAAUCGAGUAUCAAACACUUGUUUUCUUCGACCCAACUUAAAGAAAAUAACAACACAAGUGAAAUUAUGCCAAGUACCAAAGUUAACAUGACUCAAUGGUUAGAAAUAUUGUCUUUGAACAUAAUUGUGAAGAUGGUAUGUGGAAAGAGAUAUGAUAAUGUGGAGGAAGAUGAAGAGGCUCAAUGUUUAAAAAGGGUCUUCAAGGAUAUUAUGUAUGUGGCAGGGCAAAUUGUUUUAUAUGAUGCAGUUCCAUUCCCAUUAUUUAAGUAUGUGGAUUUUCAAGGGCAUGUUAAAGUAAUGAAGAGAAUUCAUAAGGACAUAGAUGUUGUUCUCCAAAGUUGGUUGGAUGACCAUAUUAAGAAGGCAGAAAUAGGUAAGCAUGAUGAGAACCAAGAUGUUAUAGAUGCCUUGCUUAGUGCGACAGAUUAUGAUGAGUUCAAGGCCUAUGGUUAUUCUCAACAAACCGUCAUCAAGGCAACAGUAAUGGCUAUAAUUUUGGAUGGAGCGGAUACUACAGCAGUUCAAUGGACAUGGUUAAUGUCCUUAUUGUUGAACAAUCCAAAUGUUAUGAGACGCGCCCGAGAGGAGAUACACAUAAAAGUGGGUAAAAACAAGUGGAUUGAAGAGUCUGAUGUCCAAGAUUUAGCCUAUUUACAAGCUAUAAUUAAAGAAGCACUGCGUUUAUAUCCACCAGCACCUUUGUUAGUACCUCAUGAAGCUGUGAAAGAUUGUAAAAUACUUGGCUAUGAUGUUCCAAAAGGUACUCGUUUGUUCGUAAAUGCAUGGAAGAUACAUCGAGACCCUCGGAUUUGGCCGGACCCUGAAAGAUUCAUGCCAGAGAGAUUUUUGACCGAUGAUCAAGAAAAGAUCGACGCAUGUGGUCAAAGUCAACAUUUUGACUUCAUUCCGUUUGGUUCAGGAAGACGAUUGUGCCCAGGAAUGAAUUUCGCGGCACUUGUUACGCUCCUCACCUUUGCGCGUUUGCUUCAGGGUUUUGAUAUUAGUACACCAUGUGACAUGCCGGUGGAUAUGACAGAAGGGUUAGGCAUUAAUAUGCCUAAGGCAACUACGUUGGAGGUACUUAUAACACCUCGUUUGCCUUCUAUGAUGUACUGAUAGAAACAAUUGGAAGUCAUUCAACUUAUAUCUAA